AUGGCCACGUCUAUCCUCGGGGAAGAGCCGCGCUUCGGAACGACCCCGUUGGCCAUGCUGGCGGCGACCUGCAACAAGAUCGGCAACACGAGCCCGCUGACCACGCUGCCGGAGUCGAGCGCCUUCGCCAAGGGCGGCUUCCACCCCUGGAAGCGCUCGUCGUCCAGCUGCAACCUCGGCUCCAGCCUGUCGGGCUUCGCCGUGGCCACGGGCGGCCGCGGCUCGGGCGGCCUGGCGGGCAGCUCGGGCGCCGCCAACAGCGCCUUCUGCCUGGCCUCCACGUCGCCCACGUCGUCCGCCUUCAGCAGCGACUACGGCGGCCUCUUCUCCAACUCGGCCGCGGCGGCGGCGGCGGCGGCCGGCGUGUCCCCCCAAGAGGCGGGCGGCCAGUCGGCCUUCAUCUCCAAGGUGCACACGACGGCGGCCGACGGGCUGUACCCGCGCGUGGGCAUGGCGCACCCGUACGAGUCGUGGUACAAGUCGGGCUUCCACUCCACGCUGGCGGCGGGCGAGGUGACCAACGGCGCGGCGUCGUCGUGGUGGGACGUGCACAGCAGCCCGGGGUCGUGGCUGGAGGUGCAGAACCCCGCGGGGGGCCUGCAGAGCUCGCUGCACUCGGGCGCCCCCCAGGCCUCGCUGCACUCGCAGCUCGGCACCUACAACCCCGACUUCAGCUCGCUCACGCACUCGGCCUUCAGCUCGACGGGCCUGGGCUCCUCGGCCGCCGCCGCCUCGCACUUACUCUCCACCAGCCAGCACCUGCUGGCCCAGGACGGCUUCAAGCCCGUGCUGCCCUCCUACUCGGACUCGAGCGCGGCCGUCGCGGCCGCGGCCGCCAGUGCCAUGAUCUCGGGCGCCGCGGCCGCCGCCGCCGGGGGGAGCUCGGCGCGCUCGGCCCGCCGCUACUCGGGCCGCGCCACCUGCGACUGCCCCAACUGCCAGGAGGCCGAGCGGCUGGGCCCGGCCGGGGCGAGCCUGCGGCGCAAGGGCCUGCACAGCUGCCACAUCCCGGGCUGCGGCAAGGUGUACGGCAAGACGUCGCACCUGAAGGCGCACCUGCGCUGGCACACGGGCGAGCGGCCCUUCGUGUGCAACUGGCUCUUCUGCGGCAAGCGCUUCACCCGCUCCGACGAGCUGCAGCGGCACCUGCGGACCCACACGGGCGAGAAGCGCUUCGCCUGUCCGGUGUGCAACAAGCGCUUCAUGCGCAGCGACCACCUGAGCAAACACAUUAAGACGCACAACGGGGGCGGCGGGGGCAAAAAGGGCAGCGACAGUGACACGGACGCCAGCAACCUGGAGACGCCCCGUUCCGAGUCCCCCGAUCUCAUUCUGCACGACUCCGGCGUCAGUGCGGCCCGGGCGGCGGCGGCGGCUGCUGCGGCGGCUGCGGCGGCGGCGGCUGCGGCGGCGGCGGCCUCGGCAGGAGGCAAGGAGGCCGCAUCAGGCCCCAACGACUCUUAA